AUGCGCCACACCCUGAAUUUGGGGCCGGGUCCAGAGCACCGACAGCCUAGACGAGCAAAAGCGUCUGUUGUGUGCAUCAAGACGGCGAGUGCCGCUGCGUGUGUCAAGACCUUCGAUCAAUAUGUGUGCCUCAAGACUAUGCAUUACGACCAACCUAUGCGAAAACAAAUCCCUCACGGGUUCAACGAAUUAUGCCAGACGACGGCUCAAAGUCCCGUAAGGGCACACCCCGGCGACGUAGGCCCGGCUACUCGAGUCGUCGGUAGCCGGAAGCAGCUGUACUGCAGACGUGCACCAAGGGUCAGGAGUGUCGCGAAUACGCGCCUCCGCAGGGACACGGUGCACGGACUCUGUACGGGGACCGUUCCGCCGUUGACUGGUCCGAGACCCGACGCGUCGUCGGUAGACCACGAGGCUAGCCAGUUGUGGCGUGCGGGUGGGACGACGUGGCUAAUGCUUUGGCUGACCUUCAUUGCAGGCCACGUCCCGACGUCGAGGAUCCACACGAUCUGCGGCGAGCGCAUUCAAACCCUCUACCGCCCAUCGGGCACAAACAACCCUGGACCACCCGAGCGAAACAUCCCGGAAAUCCGGACCCAAAUCCUCAAUCGCCCCAAUCGGGUGGAACUUGACAUCCCUGGAAUGCCCGAGCCAAACCUCAAGCUGUAG